AUGGCUUACCAAGGUUACCCGCCGCCGCCGCUGGGAAAGCUAAUUGUCGGCAAUCUAAAUCAGAUCAUACUUGUUGAUUUCAACGGCACCCAGUUUUCUAUAGCUUCCAGAGUCAUAAUCCCGAGAUGGUUGCCUAGCUCAGCAUUGUUCAAAGAGCCUAACUUGCUUUACGUCGUAAACGAGGGAAAUACGGAGACUAGCAUGUUUAAGCUGACGCCUAACGCUCCCAUUACACCUGACGAUAUAGGCUUUGAAAAGCUUUCGUUCGUUGGCAAUGCCCAAGGCUCACUUGGGGGCGUUCACAUGGCGUUCAACGCCGACAAGACUCGUAUUGUUGAGUCUUGCUACACAUCCGGCAAAAUCGAUGUCUGGGACAUCUCAGAAAAGGAUCAUCUCCCUGUUUUAAAAAAGAGUAUCCGGACUAGAACUGAAAAUGGCUACCAGUGGCCACUUCAACGUAAGCCAGGGCCACGUCAAGCCAUCCUCGAUCCAACUGGUCGUUUUUUUAUUAUACCGAAUCCUGGUACUAAUUCGUUACAUGUCAUGGACACCCUGGAUGACAAGUACGAGAUCACGAGCAUUACCGCCGUGCCCAACACAAUCUCACCGCAGUGCAUCGCUUGUAUAACACAUAGAGGAACGCACUACUUGGUGGUGGCAGGGGGCCUCUCUACUGCGAUCGCGUUAAUGCGAAUGGAUUACACCGAUGAAAUAAUCCGGUUCACUACUGUCCACUGGGGACACGCCGGCAGAAGAUGGGACUCAGGUGAGUUAAUCAUGUCGAUGUUCACAGGACUCGAAGUCGCCAAGAACCAGCGUGAUGUUUACCUCUGGAAUCGAUUCCCAGGAGAGGAUACAGGCCACAUCACGCAAUUUAUACUCAGCGAAGAGGGAGGUCAGGUAGGGCUUACUUAUGUCCACAGCAUACCCACGCGCGGCAUACAGCCGCGCAUGGUUAGUCUAAGCGGAGAUGACGACCAAGGGUUUGCAUUCGUGGCUAACGAGGCUGGCGAGUCGGGACUUGUCGCAUUCCGGCGAAACCCAGCGACAGGGAGACUGGACCCGAACCCCGUCGCAACGUUUCCAAAUGAUCUUCUUGUUCCCCACGGAGCUUCAAUGCAGUUACUAAGAGGCGUUCAGUUCGUUCGUGAGCUUUAG